ACGCCCAUUCCCGCCACCAAGCGAGAGAGAGAGAGAGAGAGAAGCCAUUGAUGCAGCUGCAUCUCCCCAAGAUCGAGCUUCAAUGGCUGCCUCUCUGCCGUCGUAUCUCAAUCGUCCAUCACCUCGACCAGUUCAUGUCCCUUGCCAUUGUCUCUGCGCUCUUCCGUAGCCGCGGGCACCUCCCUUUCCUCAACUCCGUUCUCCAUUCCUUUGCUCUUGGCCCUUUCCCUAAUCUCGCAAUUUCUUUCUAUGAUUCCAUCCGCAUCCAUGGUGUUGUUCCGGAUAACUACACUUUCACCUCGACCCUGAAGGCUGCCGCCCGUCUCUUCAUCCCUCAGAGAGGCAGGGAAAUCCACUCUUUGAGUUUCAAAUUGGGGUUGGAAUCUGAUACCUUUGUCUUGAAUUCUCUCAUUCAUAUGUAUUCGGUUUGUGGGUUGCUUGGGCAUGCCAGGAAAGCCUUCGAUUUGGCCCCGGAUUUUGCGCGUGAUUUGGUUUCUUGGAAUAGUAUGAUCUCCGGUUAUUCGCAGAGCAAUCAUUGUGAUGAAGCUUUGCAAGUUUUCUGCGAAAUGGUGAGGAGGUCGAUUAGGUUUGACGCGAUGACUCCAGUGGGGGCAUUGAGUGCUUGUGGGAGGAGAGUUGAUCUUGAUACAGGUCAAAAGAUUCAUGCUUUAGUGGUUGUUAAUGGAUUUCAUCUGGAUUUCUAUCUCGGUUCUUCGUUGGUGAGUAUGUAUGCAAGGUGUGGGGCUGUUGAUCUUGCGCGGCAAUUGUUUGAUGGAAUGCCCCAGAGAAAUGUUGUUUGUUGGACUUCCAUGAUUUCUGGGUACGCGCAUUCAGGCCUAUUUGUAGAAUCAAUUGAACUAUUUAGACAGAUGCAAAUGGAGGGAGUGAAAGCCGACAGUGCAACAAUAGCAUCUGUUGUUUCCUCUUGUGCGCAAACUGGUGCUCUCGACCAGGGAAGGUAUCUUCAUGCUUACUGUGACACUAAUGGCUUGGGAAUGAUUUUAAAUGUGAAGAAUGCUCUGAUUGAUAUGUAUUCUAAGUGCGGGGAUAUCAAUAGAGCUCUUCAGAUAUUUAAAGGGUUGGUCCAAAAGGAUGUUUUCUCUUGGACAGUGAUGAUAUCCGGGCUUGCUAUGAAUGGAUACUCUGAGGAAGCAUUGGAUUUGUUUUCACAAAUGGAGGCUCAGGCGGAGGUUAAGGCAAAUGAGGUAACGUUUUUGGGUGUCUUGUCUGCGUGCAGCCAUGGGGGAAUGGUUGAGAAAGGAUACUACUACUUCAAUUGUAUGACUAAGGUCUAUGGUCUGAUUCCUAAAAUUGAACAUUAUGGUUGUAUGGUUGAUCUUUUAGGACGUGCUAAACUUGUGGUUCAGGCAGAGCAUCUUAUCAGAGAUAUGCCAAUAGAACCUGAUGCUGUAAUUUGGAGGUCAUUGCUUUUUGCUUGUAGAUCAAAUGGGAAUGUAAAAUUAGCCGAGUUUGCAACAGGUCGAAUUAUGAAGUUGGAACCUAGGAGGUGUGGCUCUCAUGUCUUGCUUUCUAAUGUUUAUGCCUCUACAUCAAGGUGGACCGAUGUAAAUCGAGUAAGGAAGGUUAUGCACGAUAAUAGCAUUCGGAAGCAACCCGGAUGUUCUUUCAUAGAAGUAAAUGGAGUUGUCCAUGAAUUUUUGGUUUCCGAUUCAUCACAUCCCCAGAUAGGAGUUGUACAUUGGAUUCUAUCAGGGUUAAACAGACUCCUAUUAUCAGAAACAUGUCUUGCAGAGGAGUUGAAGUUAUUUGCUGUCAUAUGAUACCAUCUGCUUUUUGGCAUGGUUUUCAUCCUCGUGUAGCCUCUCCAUAGUCAACUCUUCUCUGGCAUUGGUAUGUUCUGGUUUUAUCCAUAUCCACUGACUAAUUAUUUCCACAUGAACAUUGUCAGAUUAUUUUUCUCCUUUUCAGUGACCAUUGCUUCAACUUCAUUUCACAUCAUGUCUCUUCUUUAGUUUCAACAAUAUGGUUGUUGAUGGUCUUAUACUGGUCUGAGAUAAAUAAAGGAUUAGAGUCCUGAAAUGUACCAUAAUUUGAUCUUCUUUUUUUGAAAAAUUAAUCUUAAUUUGAUCUUCUCUGUGGAUUACUCAAAGCUAUCAAGUUGAUGGAUCUACAAAUGAGCAUAAUAACAAAGUAAUUGUGCUUGUUCUUAGUGCCUUGCCGUGUUUUUUAUACUUAACUUCCGUGAACUUGACAUGAAAUUUACCGCUUUUAUUCAUAUUCACAACAUCUUUUGUUUCUGUUUACCACUUGCCCUGUUG